AUGAUUGCCCCACCCACAUCCCAGUCAGAGCUCCACCUGCUCUGUGUCUCGGCAGUCGUUCGAGAUCUCAUCACUGCAUACAACUCCAACAACAGCUCCGCCACCCAGCAAAUUCCAAACGUCAACUCGAUCAGAGCAAAGUAUUCCAAGAAAUACUCGCUGAAAGCGGUCCCCCGAUUGACAGAUGUCCUCGCCGCUGUCCCAGAAGAAUGGAAGGAUAGGCUGAGAAUGUGGUUGAGGGCCAAGCCUGUCAGAACAGCCAGUGGUGUUGCUGUGGUUGCCGUCAUGUGCAAGCCCCAUCGGUGCCCGCACGUCGCCAUGACUGGCAACAUCUGCGUUUACUGCCCUGGUGGGCCUGACUCUGAUUUUGAGUACUCUACUCAAUCGUACACUGGUUACGAACCAACUUCCAUGCGCGCCAUACGAGCCCGAUAUGACCCUUACGAGCAAGCUCGCGGUAGAGUGAAUCAGCUUAGAGAUCUGGGACAUAGUGUGGACAAGGUGGAGAUCAUUCUCAUGGGAGGCACAUUCAUGUCAAUGCCAGAAGAUUAUCGGCACAAGUUCAUCGCUGGGCUUCACAAUGCUCUCAGUGGACAUACAACGGAUGAUGUCGAUGAAGCCGUCAAAUUCUCCGAACAGAGUAAAGUCAAGUGUGUCGGCAUCACCAUCGAGACUCGCCCCGAUUAUUGCUUGAAACCCCACCUGAGCCAAAUGCUGAGGUACGGAUGCACUAGACUGGAGAUUGGCGUUCAAUCAGUCUAUGAGGAUGUUGCCCGUGAUACCAACCGUGGUCACACUGUCCGUGCAGUCAGCGAGUCAUUCCACAUGUCAAAGGAUGCUGGCUACAAGAUUGUCGCCCAUAUGAUGCCCGACCUCCCCAAUUGUGGUACCGAACGUGAUAUCUGGCAAUUCCAAGAGUUUUUCGAAAACCCCGCAUUCCGGUCAGACGGUCUCAAACUCUACCCAACUCUGGUCAUCCGCGGCACAGGCUUGUACGAGCUCUGGCGGACUGGCAAGUACAAGAAUUAUCCACCCAACGCCCUCGUCGACAUCGUCGCGCGUAUCAUGGCUCUUGUGCCGCCUUGGACGCGGGUGUAUCGAGUCCAGCGAGAUAUCCCCAUGCCCCUCGUAUCAUCUGGCGUGGAGAAUGGAAACCUUCGAGAAUUGGCGCUUGCCCGUAUGAAGGACUUUGGUGCAGAGUGUAGGGAUGUGCGGUAUCGUGAGGUCGGUCUGCACGAGAUCCACAACAGGGUGAGGCCUGCCGACAUUGAGCUUCUUCGACGAGACUACGCUGCGAAUGGAGGCUGGGAGACAUUCUUGUCGUAUGAGGAUCCUCUGUCGGAUAUUCUGGUAGGAUUGUUGAGGCUGAGAAAGUGUUCCGAAGAAGGAACGUUCAGGAAGGAGUUGGUCGGUAUGGAAGGAGGUUGCAGUCUUGUCAGAGAGCUGCAUGUCUACGGUACUGCUGCACCGGUCCACUCAAGAGAUCCCAAGAAAUUUCAGCAUCAAGGUAUCGGAACGCUCCUCAUGGAGGAGGCCGAGCGCAUUGCGAGAGAGGAGCACGGCAGUGGGAGGAUCGCUGUCAUCUCUGGUGUAGGUACCAGAGAUUACUACAGGCGUUUGGGUUAUUUUCUCGAUGGGCCGUAUAUGGUCAAGGAUCUUCUGUACGACGAGUAA